AUGGUUAAGGAUGAAUUCAACUCAACAUUGAGUAUGGCUAAAGAUGCUGGUUUUAAAGGUAAUCUUGAAGAAUAUGUGAAUUUGAUUGUGGAGAAGAUUGAACUUAACAAUAUUGAACCAUCCCAAGUAGAACUUGAGAAACUUUUGAGCCUAUGUUGUAUGCUUUUAGAACUUUCUAAUGUAUCUUCUAUGCUUAGUCAUAACCGUCUAAAGCUUUUUUGUUUUUUGAUAGAACGAGUUAGUAUUAAAGAGUGGUAUAGAGUAGGUCUAACAAUUAUAAAUAAGCGUGGUGCAAUUUCUCAUUAUAUUCAUGGCCUUGAACUAGCAGCUUUAGAACUCAAAUUAAGCUUAGAUUCCCAGGUAAUGAAUAUAGAUGGUACUCAAUUUUCUAUAUUAACCGUAUGCUAUCAUAUCUUUGAAGCUUUUAUCAAGGACUUUAGUAAUGAAGAAAAUAUCACUUAUUUGGAAUAUGACAAUAUUUCUGGAAUAGAAAUAAACAAGUUAUUUGAUAUUAUGCGUAGCUUAAACUCAUUUUGUAUUGAGUUUAUAGAAAAUAUUGAGAAAAUGGAAAAAUUAACCAACAAUAAUGAAGAUAGAAUAAACUUAACUAUACUACCAGAUUCAAAUUACACUCUAGAUAAUAACGAACUUCCACCUAUAUAUUGGUGUGUUCAGUUAUGUUGUUCUAUCUUAUCUAAAUGGUUUGUUUUAGAGCCAGAUGUAGAUAAAUAUCAAAUUCUUAAGAUUUUACCAUUUAUUUCAAGGUAUUUAAAUUCAAUGCAUUUUGCAGUAAUACUACCUACUUUGGAGUAUAUACCAAUAAGUGAUUGGGGUUGUGUUCCUCAUACUUUAGAAGCCCUCACUCACUUAAUAUUAUCAUUUAUAUCUCUAAUUAGUACAACAAAUAAUGAUGAGACUCUUACUGGCUUAUUUAGUGGUCUUUACCAAGCAUCUAUUUUAAGUGCAAGUGCAUGGUGGUCUCCUAGUAUUGAUGUCUAUACAACUUUAGAAAUUGACAGGAAUAAAUCAAUAAUACGCGAGAUACCAAGGUUAUAUAUCAAGUUACAAGAUAAUGACCCUAACUAUGUUAGAAAUUCUAAAUCUGACAAUAUUAUAAAACUUGAAGUAAAACAAUAUAGGGAUAUUAUACCAUUACCCAGAGAUUCUAUACCAGCACAAAUUUUAUCUAAUGUACCUGGUAUCAGUGAAACUCAUUCAAUAGCUUACAAAAUAUUUGACGAAUUAUUAAAGUUAGAGUUUAUUGAUGUUCUUCUCAGAGAAUUUGCUAAAUAUGAUGGUUGCAAUAGGAUUAUAUCUUCGUGGUUUUCAUGUCCUGGUACAUUAAAGUGUGAGAAAUAUUCGGCUAUAAUUGAAGCUUUAGUUUGUGUUGCGUUAAUUUUAACUUGUAGAAAUUUAGACACAUUUGUUCCAGAGAAAUUAUGGAUAUUUUUAUGUGAAACUCUAUUAAAAAUAGCUCCUACAACUAGUAAAGGAUUUUUAGAAGAUCCUCCUAGACAAAUUUCAUUAUUUAUAAGCUGCUCUAGAGCUUUAGCUAUUGCAAUAUCCAACAAAUAUCAAGAACCCCUUAAGAUAAUUCAAGUUUCUAAUUGUAGAGUCCCCACUAUAUUUACUGAUAAAAUACCACAAUUAUCAGAACUAAGUCCAGAUGACUUUUCUCUAGAGGAUGAUCAAGUUAUUAGUUUCUUUCGUAUAUUAUUCACAGAUUUAAAUAUAAAUUAA